AUGGCACUUAAAAGAAUCAACAAAGAAUUGCACGAUUUAGGACGUGACCCACCGUCGUCUUGUAGUGCUGGUCCUAUUGGGGAUGACCUUUUCCACUGGCAAGCGACAAUCAUGGGUCCCUCCGACUCUCCAUACUCUGGUGGGGUAUUUUUCCUUGCCAUUCAUUUUCCCACAGAUUAUCCGUUUAAACCACCAAAGGUAAACUUUACAACAAGAAUCUACCAUCCGAAUAUCAACAGUAAUGGAAGUAUAUGCCUGGAUAUCCUAAGAGAUCAAUGGUCGCCAGCGCUUACCAUUUCGAAAGUGCUCUUGUCAAUUUGCUCAAUGUUGACUGAUCCAAACCCAGACGAUCCGCUUGUACCUGAAAUUGCUCACGUGUACAAGACUGAUCGUACUCGCUAUGAAGCAACUGCUCGAGAAUGGACGCGCAAAUAUGCUAGUGAGUAUAACUAA